CGAAAUAUUUAUGAGAACGCCGAAGCAAAACCAGAGGAUCUAGGGUUUCCUAGAUUCCGUCUCGUCAAGAGAUCUCUGCCUCUGUGCAGUUCGAUCGUGUUCAAUUCGUAAAAUUAGGGUUUUGAGAAGGGUAAGUUGGUGAAGAGAUCGGCACUGUUAGAGUAGGGUUUCGAAUUCGAUUCUAGACAAUCGGUUCUAAAUCCAUCACUAUUAACUUAUUUACAUAUUUGAGAAUCGAAUCGAAGCAGAGACGGAUAAAAAAAAAGUUGAGAAAAUUGUGAUCUGUUAAUAUGCGGGGAUUGCAGAAAUCGAAAAGGGUUUCUUGGCCUUCAGAUGUUAAUCUUUGUCAGGUAAGGCUGUUCCUAUCAGAGGAUUCUCCUUCUCAAGUUGGACAAGUUGGAUUGGGUGCUCAAGAUCACCUCCAAGCAAAGACAUCAUGGCUGCUGCAUUCAAAUGGAAUGGGCUCCGAUGACAACUUGCCGCCUGGCUUUGAAGGAGCUCAUCCUGCAAACCAGUUGAAGAAUAAGUUGUCCCAGAUCCCUCUCAUAACAUGGAGAUGUCCUCCCAAAUUUGUGUUGAACUUCACUUGGCAAGUGGUUGCCGGAGAAGAAAGCAAUGAGGUGGAGGUUCAAAAGCAGCGGGAGAUGAGAGUGCUGGAAGCAGUCUAUCCACGCCCAUCAGCCAUACCUCCAAACCCAUCUGUUUCAAUUGACGGAGAAGAUAUGGACAAUGAUGAUCAGAAAAUUCUUCUCAUCCCCAUUGUCCCCGUUGAAGAUGAAGAGGCUGCAUUGGAAAUGUCAGCUGAUACAGUGGCACCAAUUAACAUUCCAAUGAGCUCACAAUCCCUGCUACUGCCUCCUGGAAUUCCAUCUGCAUCUUCGAGCAAUGCACCCAAUAUACCAAAUCCUCCAGCCAAUGAAAAUGUAGCUGCUGGGAUGGUCCCUGGUGUAGAACCUGAUGUUGUUGCAGCUGCCUCUGCCGCCUUUACUGCAGUCAUGAGAAGCAAUGAGCAAGGAAAUUUGAUUGACCAUGACUUGCUCAUCAAAAUUCUCAGCAACCCAAAAAUCAUUGAGAGAAUUGUUACAGAUCAGGGAGCCUCAUCCUCCAACCCUCAGGCUGUACCCAACCAAAGGUUGCCACCCAUAGCUUUAUCUGAUCAACCUCCUGGUCAUGUCAGUAGGGUAGAAACUAAUAUACCCUUGUCUGCUGCGAUUCCAAGUGGACCAUUCUACUCCCAGUCAAAUGGGCCAGGACCUGUUCCUGCACCACGGCCACCUCCAUCUAUGGUUGGACCUUCUUCCUCUUCACCUCCUGUGAGACCUGUAACAAAGGACAUCAACUAUUAUAAGAGCUUGAUUCAGCAACAUGGAGGAGAAAGGCAAGAACCCCAAGAUCAGUCCCAAUCCCAUUCUCAAUUCGCAAACCGACCCAAUCACCAUGUUUUAGGGAUGAAUCCGGAGACAGUAGUAACACACCCAAAGCCAAGAGAUUCAAAACCCAAGAUAAUGAAACCUUGCAUCUAUUUUCACAGUUCGAGGGGAUGCCGGCAUGGAGCCAACUGUUCCUACCAGCACGAUGCGUCUCUCCAGCAGCGUGUGAGCAGCAUGCCGGAGGUGCAAAAUGCCAAGAGAAUGAAAAUGGAUAGAGAGAUCACCGGUACAUAGUCAAUGCAGUUAGUUUCUCCGUGUAUAUUUUUCGGGAGGAAUUAUUGCUACCUUUUCGCCUGGCUAAUAUACUUCUGUGGCUUGGUUUCACCACCAAUAGAAUCAAUUUUUAUUUAUUUAGUUUUCCUGCAUGAAACAUUGCUUUGAAUAUUUAGGUUCUGGAUGAGAGCAUCGAUAUAUUUACAAUUGGUUUUGUUUUCUUAUUUUAGUACCUAUUGCUCUCAAAUUUUCCCCUCCAUUUUGGAACUGUGCUUCUGUUGAGUGUAAUGUUUAAUAAUAUCUUUCAUGCCUCUGAGAUUACUCCUAAAGGAGAAGAUUGGGAGAUAUGCAGACUGCUUAUUGUGA